AAGAAGCUGCUGAUGGCCCCACGUGUGGCCUGUAAAGGAUGAAGUGUAAACCUGAUCUCAGAUCAGAUUCUUCCUUCAAACCAGGAAACUGUGGCUUGUUCUGAACAGCGGAUGCCUCUGAUCACUUCACCUCAGAUGUCGUUCAUAUAACUGUGACCUUUAUUUAUUAUUAAUUUUAAUUUUUUUUUGCAACGCGAGUGACAAGGUCAUCUCGUAAAAAUGAGUGAGGUGAGCUUGUGCCAGGCGCGAGCUACUGUCAUGCUGUAUGAUGACGCCGGGAAGCGCUGGGUCCCUGCUGGCACUGGAGGUCAGACUGUGAGCAGGGUGCACAUCUACCAAAACCCGAGUAACAACUCCUUCAGAGUGGUGGGCCGAAAACUGCAGACCGAUCAGCAGGUUGUGAUUAACUGCCCACUUGUGCGAGGCAUAAAGUACAAUCAGGCCACUGCAAAUUUCCACCAGUGGCGAGAUGCACGGCAGGUGUGGGGCCUAAAUUUCAGCAGUAAGGAUGAAGCUGUACAGUUUGCUAACACCAUGAUGCAUGCACUAGACGUGCUCAGUGGUGCAGCUCCCCCUCAGCCUCCACCGAAUGGCCCGAGUGUUGAAGAGCAGAAGAGAGCUCAGGAGCAGCAGGAGAGAGAGCGACAGGAGAAAGAGAGACAGGAGAGAGAGCGGCAGGAGAAAGAGAGACAGGAGAGAGAGAGACUGGAACAGGAACAGCUAGAGAGGCAGAGACAGGCUGCUGCUCUACCAGCUGCACCUCCCGCUCCUCCUUCAGCUCCAGCUCCUCCUCCCCCUGGAGUUCCGCCUCCACCUGGUCCUCCACCACCUCCCGGGCCUCCCCCACCUGCCCCGCCACCACCACCCUCUGGCGGGGCUCCACCUGCCCCGCCACCACCACCUUCAGGAGGAGGAGGAGGAGGUGGUCUUGGUGGAGCUGGGGGACUAGCAUCAGCUCUUGCUGGUGCUAAACUCCGUAAAGUGUCCAAGGAAGAGAGUGGGUCUGCUGCUCCAGCACCAAAAGAAACCAGCUCAAGCUCUGGAGGAGGAGGAGGAGGAGGAGGUGGUGGUGGAGGAGGAGGGUUGAUGGGCGAGAUGAGUGCAAUUCUCGCAAGAAGGCGCAAGGCUGCAGAUAGUCCAGUGGUGAAAAAAGAAGAGAGCAAUGAUAAUCCAGCAUCCUCAGAGAACAAAUCAGAAGUUUGCAAGCCUUGGGAAAAGUCUGGUACCCUCCCACGAUCUAAUUCUGGUCCCAAGAGUUUUGAUAAGACUCCUAGUCCAGCAUCAACUCCAUUAAGCAGGCAAAGGCCAGGCAGUAACGUGAGUGACACGGCCGCCCGAGAGAGCAUCGAUAUGGAGAAAUUAAAGCAGGAAAUCCUGCAGGAGGUGCGCAAGGAACUGCAGAAAGUUAAGGAUGAAAUUAUUGCAGCAUUUAUUGAAGAGUUGCAGAAAACAGGCGCCCCCUAGUGUCACAAUGAUGAAAGAGCUUCUGCUUUGCAAUAAAAAGUCCAAACAGUGUUGCACAUACAGUACACCCAUUUAAGCAAAUUCUUACAAAAAGGCAUUUCUUUCAUGUUCAGCUUUCCAACUGCCCUGUAAUGAUCUCUCCUAUUUAGAAAUGGGUGACAGAUUAAUGGAAAAAAAACAACAUAGUCUCACAGUAAGGUGUUGAGUCACCACAAGGUGCCAGAACAGCUUCGAUGCACCUCAGCACAGGUUCCACACGUCUCUAGAAAUGUAUUUGAGGGAUGAAUACUAUUCUUCCCUCAAAGAGGACAAGUGGACUCAACCCAGGCGAGCAAAGUGCUUCUUGCACCAUAACAGAAAUUGUUUUUUCCUGUCAUUUGUCACCCGUUUGUAAAAUUCUCCAAUCAUACCGUCUGCCUUUUUUACAAUAGCUGUCUCUUUUUCUAAUAUUUAAGAUUUUCAUAUGCCUAAAAACAUGCGAAUCAUCAGAGAGGCACAUUAUCCUUAUGUCAUACAUCAUACAUCCCGUAGAUCCAUCUUAUCUUCGGCCUUUCAAUGAACUGUUCUUACAUCCACAUAACUGAAAUGACAAGAAAAAGGUGACUCGGCAUUCUUGUUUUUUUUCCAUUGUUAAUUUGUUGUUUUAUUCAAUAGUUACAUAAGUGCAAAGUUAUAAAAUUAGCUCUUAUCCAAUUAGUGUUAUAUAUGUUUUAAAAUGAAGUACUUUUGCUGGUGAAAAGCCAGCUGUGCAUGUGGUGAUGAAUUGUACGGUGAAUGACAUCUUGCUGAAUUUUUUUUUUCUGCCUCAGGGAUUAGCGGAUGCUAAUAUGUGUAUAUUUACACAUUUUAAUUUUUAUAUUUUUAAAUGACUACGAUAUGUUGCUCAAGCUAUUGCUGUGUUUGCUUUUUGUAGUUUUAUGUGCCUUUGUGUUUUUACAGGAAAAAAUGAUUACAAAAGACUUUUGCGUAUGAAAAAUGGGCUGUAUUUCCAAACUUUGGUAAAAUUAUUGUUCAGUGGUACUGUUCAAUAUCUUGAGGUUAAUGUGAGUAAAAAUACCAUUUGUUAUUUCAGGGGUUCUGAAAUACAACCAGAAUUUAUACCAAUUGUGACUUAGGUUUUUUCUUUCUUUCUGUUUUUCCCCCCAUUUCUAACAGCAUAUAACAUACACUCAGUUGCCAGUUUAGUAUGCAUUAGAUUAACCUAUAGAUUUACUAUACAUUUACUAAACAGUAACUGUCACCUUUGUCACCUUUUGUUAAGGUAUAAAUGAUGCUUCCUUCACUGCCACGUAAAGGGAUCACAUACCACAUAUAGUACCUUAAAUUGAACUAAAAUAGACAAGGUGCAUAUAUUUUUUAUAUAUAUGGGUGGCAUGGUGGUGUAGUGGUUAGCGCUGUCGCCUCACAGCAAGAAGGUCCGGGUUCGAGCCCCGUGGCCGGCGAGGGCCUUUCUGUGUGGAGUUUGCAUGUUCUCCCCGUGUCUGCGUGGGUUUCCUCCGGGUGCUCCGGUUUCCCCCACAGUCCAAAGACAUGCAGGUUAGGUUAACUGGUGACUCUAAAUUGACCGUAGGUGUGAAUGUGAGUGUGAAUGGUUGUCUGUGUCUAUGUGUCAGCCCUGUGAUGACCUGGCAACUUGUCCAGGGUGUACCCCGCCUUUCGCCCGUAGUCAGCUGGGAUAGGCUCCAGCUUGCCUGCGACCCUGUAGAACAGGAUAAAGCGGCUAGAGAUAAUGAGAUGAGAGAUGAUAUAUAUAUAUAUAUAUAUAUAUAUAUACAGUACUGUGCACAAGUCUUUGGCCCCCUAUUUUUUUUCCCCAUACAAACUUGGUUAUAGAUUUCUUUUUCAUGACUUUUACAUUAACCAUAAUGAAGGCUACUGGGUUUUGGUGCAAAAUUAAGAAGCAAGUGUGACAGUCAAAGUGUCCAGAAGAACUGUGUCUGGUUGUGCAAGAUGCUCAGUAAAACCUACAGCUCAUUUCCUUAUCAAACUGCACUCACUGUAUCUGAGACUGCUAUUUUUUUUUUUAAGUGAAGGGUUGUCUUACACCAAAUAUUGACUUUGUUUCAUUUAUUAUGGCUUACUGCUGUUUAUAGUAUUUUUUUUAAAUGUUGACAUUUAAAAUUCAUUAUUUUUAAGCCAUAUUUGGUCUACAGUAUUUCUUUACACUUGCUUAAGACUUUUGCACAGUACUGGAUACAGUCAGGUCCAUAAGUAUUUGGACAGUGGGGCAAUUUUCAUAAUUUUGCCUCUGUACACCACCAUAGUGGAUUUGAAAUGAAGCAGUCAAUAUGUGAUUGAAGUGUAGAAUUUAACAAAAAUGUCACAUUAAACCAUUUAGGAAUUACAGCCUUUCAAUUUUUUUUUUUUACAUAGUCCUUCAAUUUUCUUAAGCUCAAAAGUAAUCGGACAAUUGACUGAGAAGCAGUUUCAUGUGCAGUUAUGGCCUGUUUCCUUGUUAUUUCAUGACAAAUUAUUGAGAUAAAAGGUCUGGAAUUGAUUCCAAGUAUUGAAUUUGUAUUUGGCAACUGCUCAUGAGAACUAUCAAUAAGCAGUCCAAAGAAGUGUCAAUGCAAGUGAAUGAGGCCAUCAUGAGGCUGAAAAAACAAAAUAGACCUAUCAGAGAUAGCAGAAACUUUAGGAAUAACCAAAUGAACACCUUGGUACGUUCUUAAAAAAGAGGAAUUCAAAAGACUACAGAAGACAACUACAGUGGAUGAUAGAAUUCUUUCCUUUGUGAAGAAAAACACCUUCACAACAUCUAGCCAAGUCAAGGACACUCUCAAGGAGGUAGUCAAAGUCUACAAUCAAGAGACGUCUUCAUCUCUUGAUUGUUUACCUCAAGUUUACCUCAAGAUACAGUACCAGUGGACACACCUUCUAAUUCAGUGUUUUUUCUUUAUUAAUUAAAAGUCACUUCAUGUCUUAAA